CGGCGCGCGUGCUUACUAUCGCGCUACUCUGCGCAUGCGUUCUCGACGCCCACGCUGACACUCAGACGAACGGAAUUCUUCUUGACCAAGCUGCUGCAGAAGCACACCUCUAUGGUGCAAAUGGCUCGAACGGAACGAUGUACAGCGACUACGCUGGUAACGUAGUUGUAACGAACAUCCAGACCUUUGAUAAUCCCAGUCCAAGAGAUGAGCAAGAUAUUAUUUAUCAUCUAACCGAUGAGGAAUACUACGAAAUGCCUCUUCUUUUUCACCUGGACGAGUAUGCUGGAUGCCUUGCGAUGGGAGGCGCCUACUGUUUAGGAAGCUUCGAGCUCUCGCCACCUGGACCAAGCACUCUGUUCCGUAUGAUGCAGCGUUACUCAGCGAACUGGGUGGAUAAUUUCAAUCACACGCGGCUACAUCGAGGCCUCUGCUUAACUCGCAGCUGUUUACCACCCAGCCACGGCUCCGCACAUGCGCUGGACGCAUGGUUCGCGUCGUGUGUGAACGCGAGUGUCAUGUCAACUUACAAUCUGUCAGCACGGCUUUACUACCUUGACUACUGCGUCCGCGGCCCCGACAACCACUCGCCACCGCUUUCCACCAGCGAACGUGCCUUCGCCGGUUUGGUUGUCGCUCUGUUAGCUCUGGCUACCGUCAGCACAGCACUUGACAUAAAACUCUCUGAUCACACCAAAAAGGAGUACGGCUGGGCGCUGUGCUGGUCACUCCGGCGCUCGUGGCGUUCGCUGACGGCGGCGGCGCCGAGUGCGCGCGGGGCGGACCUGCGCUGCUUCGACGGCCUGCGAGUGUUGAGUAUGCUUUGCGUCAUCAUCGAACACGUCUGCUGGCUCGGCACACUCUCAUACGUGGCCGAUACGAGAUAUUUCGAGCAGGCUCGCCGCGCUGCGGACGUGGUACUGAUGACGAACAGCACUCUGAUGGUACAGGUUUUUUUCUUGAUGGCAAGUUUUCUGCUGGCGCACAAGCUCUUACACGAGCGUCAGCGAGAUCCCGCUGUCAAGACAUUCUUCACUACCAUGUUCAAUAGGAUCAUCAGAAUAAGUCCGAGUUACUUCGUGGUUCUGUGGUUCGCUUCGUCGUGGUGGGAGAGGCUGGGAAGCGGUCCCCAGUGGUCGUCUCUCGUUCGCUCCGAGGCUGCUAUUUGCCGCCACAAGUGGUGGACACAUCUCCUUUACAUGAACAACGUACUGUAUCCCGAUGAAAAGUGUUUAAUUCAGACCUGGUACUUAGCAGCAGAUAUGCAGCUAUACGCGGUAGCUUUACUGUUGACGCUGCUGCUGCGCGGCCGUCGCCUCGCGCUGCCGUUACUUGGGACGGCAUUCGCGAUGGUGACCAUCGUUCCGCUAAUGUUAGCGUAUGCAUGGCAACUUGUACCUACGUUCGUCGUGCACAGACCAGAGUCAGUGCGGCUGACGUACAGCGGCGACGCGUCGUUCACGUGGCUGUACCAGUCGCCGCUGAGCAAUGCGGCGGGCGCGCUGGCGGGGCUACUGCUCGCGCACGCGCACCACGCUCUGCGCGACGUUACGCCUGACCGACUCGUCUACAACAAGAUGUUCCGCUGGAUAUCAGUGUAUUCGGCUCCUGCAGCGAUGUGCUGGGUAGCGCUAUCACCGCUGAUCCUGGGCACAGGGCCACCUAACCACAUCGCUGCUGCAGUGCUGGCAGCGCUGGAACGACCGAUCUUCAUUACUUUAGUCGCUGUAGCGCUUCUUGGUGCUAUCAAUGGGAUUGAUUCGCCAUGGCGCCGAUGGAUGUCCGAAGGCGCCACGGUGCUGGCGCGGCUGUCGUUUGGUGCGCUGUUGCUGCACAUGCUCUUCAACAAGACAUUGCUCGCAACGCGUCUCGCUCCUGUGCAACUUGACCGACAAUCCGCGAUUAUGGAUUGGUUCGGUGUGGCUGUCAUAUCGUACGCGGCGGCGCUACCACUCGCCUUGCUAGUCGAGAUGCCCGCGCAGCAACUACACAAGGAAAUUAAAAAGAUUAACGAAAAAUCGAAGAACAACAAAUCUACAGACAAGUCCUUGGAUAAGACAGACAUUAGUACGACACAACAAUGCAAUAGUUGAUAAUUUAUCGUCUCGUUUAAUGAAUACCGGUAUAUUUCAAUGCAAUUUGCACAAAUAAAAAGUACGGUUUAAAAAACAUGAACAGCAAUCAUAAAAUUAAAAAACAUACAAACGAUCCCAGUAAAGAUACCAUCUUUACCGAAGAUCGUGAGUUACAACUAAUAUGGUCAAGCAAGUGUUUUCACGUUUAUAAUUCGUCUCGUGCUCAGCUGUGAAGGAAAAUAUCACGAGGAAAACUAAAUGUAACAGGUGACAUUCUAUAAAUGUUUAUCUACCAAUCCGCAUUACAGCAGCGUGGUGGAAUAACUGACUCCCACUUUAAUAAGAGUGGAAGCCUCUGCCAAACAGUGAGUUUUCGCAAUAAUAUUUUCGUAUAAAAAUGAAAUUUAAUUGUUGUCUUGAUUGCAACAUCCUGAUCCCAUAUUCGUCACCAUAUUGGACAAAAUAACCUUUAUGAUCAUAUUCAUUGUUAAUAACUAUUAAUUAAUUCACUUUUUGUACAAAUUGUAUUGAAAUAGACAAUUAGUAUGUACAACUUAUUUUUGUACUGAAAAGUAGUAAUGUUACAUGUAAGGUAUUUGUGAUAAGCUCAAUGGAAACUGAUAUGGUUGUGGGUAGCUCUACCAUUAUUAUGUAAGACAGGGAACCCGAGCUGACAUACUUGAUGGGAAGUGGUCGUCGUUGCCAUAAACAUUGACCCUUUAAUGCAAAUGUAACAAACACUAUAAAUAGAAACAAUUUUGUUGAAUAAAAUAUAUGUGAAACUAAUUGUAUACAUAUUAGCCUACAAUAGGCUAAGUAAUAUUACUUGCUAAUAUAUAAAGAGUGUUGUAUUAAUAAAUACUUAGACUGUAUGUAACUGUGCCAAGUUAGAUUUAGCUCAAUGGCUUGCCAGAUAAUGUUCGACCACUAAACUACUUCUGAAGUAAAAUACACCAUCAAAAGA